AUGUUCUUCCACACAUCACUCGUCACUCUGGCUGCUGCCUUCGCUCUCGUUGUCUCUGCUUUCUCUGUUCCUCUGGACUCGGAGAUGGCACUGUCAAUCGCCAAUACUGAGCGAGGUCUCAACGGCCUGGGUCCCCUUACCUGGGAUGUCGAGCUUUCCAAUGCCGCCACCAACUGGGCCAGCUACCUGGGUGAGGUUGGUGGCGUUGUCCAUGCAACUGAAGCUGAGCGCCCAAACCAGGGCGAGGUCAUUGCCCACUACACCUCGACUUCCCCUGACGACGCCUCAGCGCACCCCAUGACCCACGCCAUGGUGGACUGGCUUGCUGAGCGCGUCAACUAUCCCCCCGGCGCGGUCAUUGACCAGAACUCUGGUCCCUACAUCCACUGGUCGCAGCUCGUCUGGUCUACCGCAACCGCCAUCGGAUGUGGCUUCAACCAGUCCCAUCCGUCAUUUUUUGAUACUUUUGUUGUCUGUCGUAUUUCUCCCGAGGGUAACAUCAUUGGACAGCCUCCCUUUCCGUCGACCACAACCAAAAUCACACGCCGUCAGGACACCUCCUCCGGCCCAUUUGAGGGUGAAAUCACCCACUAUACUACUGGACUUGGUGCCUGUGGCUAUGACGAUACAGGUGCUUCUGGUAUCGUCGCCCUAUCGCACGAAAAGAUGGGUGCUCCGUCCAACGGCAACCCGCUUUGUGACCGGCGAGUGCUACUUUCCGCCAACGGCAGAACUGUGGAGGGCAAGGUUCGCGACAAAUGCAUGGGAUGUGCCAUCAAGAAUGUCGAUGUCAGCGAGGACAUAUUUAUCGCUCUCUACGACGACCUUGGUAUUGGGCGUGGCUCCGUUACCUGGGAGUUGAUUUGA